CCCUUCAGAAACGAAGAUCAAGAAGAUUAUGUGCGAGACAACAGUAGUAGAGAGUCUCAGCCAUCGCGAUGUCACGCAAUCACUGAAGCCUACCACAUGGUGACUCAUGGAACCGAGUUUAAGAUCCGACGGGAUGGAAGGUCCUGCACAACAGUUCAGCAAGUUACCAGGUUUGCAGACUUCCACGAUCCAUGCCGAACUUUCGUCAAGUAUGCAAUCGGCUAGCGCUGGCUUUGGACCAGUCAGAGACAAGAACGAGGUGGGGUCGCCCUUGAAUAGUGGCACAGAGGAUUACUUGGAAAGCUCUAGCUCGCUCAUCCUAAAUCCUUAUUAAUGUGUUGAACUAGGAUGCGAAAGGAAAGUGGACUUA